AUGGGAAGAAAGGAUGGACCGAAAGCAGGCCUGGCAGAAGCAAACGCAGGCAUUCCUACGCCUAAUAGCACAUUACAUGAAAUCAUUGGCAAGUUUCAGGCAGUUGGGCUCAGCAUCUCACAAAUGGUGGCCUUGUCAGGAGGGCAUACAAUUGGUCGUGCAAGGUGUGAGAGCUUUGCCGACAGGUUAUCCAACUUCAAAGGAACAGGAGCCCCAGACCCUACAAUGGACCCCAAUAUGUUGUCCGAACUACAGAAGAAAUGCCCACAGGGCACAGUAACUGAUGACAAUAAUGUAACAUUGGUUCCUCUUGAUCGCAACUCAAUUGACCUAUUUGACAAUAAUUACUUCAAAAACUUGAUCAAUAGUAAAGGCCUUCUUGGUUCUGACCAAAGUCUAUUCUCCAACAUAAGUGGUAGUGAUGCUGCACAGCUUACCAAUGACUUGGUUAUAAGUUUUAGCAACAAUGCUGGGAUUUUCACGACCAGCUUUGUUGAUGCCAUUAUCAAGAUGGGCCAAAUAAAUGUGCAUACUGGAGCAGAUAACGGAGAGAUUCGUAAGAACUGUAGGAGUCCUAAUAGCUUGGGAGUUGCAUCGUAA